CAGGGCGCGCGCCAAGGAGCUCCAGCUCAGCUCCAGGCUGCAGCCGACGGACAGAAGCGGACACCUGCUCACACCUCAGCUCAGCGCACAGUUUACUCCCCGCUGCGAUACAGAGGAAGAAACCGGAGCCUUAUGGUCAAUUCAAGCACUUCUUAAUGUGGCCCGGGGCUGUAAAGAUGCAACACUUUCUCAACUCCCCCUCGACUGAAACUCUAAUCUCCAGAAUGUUCCCUACAGAGUUCCUCUCUACCAGUUUAGAACCCACAGAACCGAUCACCAUAGACAUCUCUGCCAGUACCUCUAGUAAUGUCAGCUCCUUACGCUGCACCUAUAAGGAGGAUUUUAAGCAGAUCUUACUGCCUACGGUGUACAUCGUUGUCUUUGUGCUUGGCGUCCCUCUCAACGCUGUGGUCAUACUAAAGAUAUGGAGGACCAGGCCCCACAUCUCCCGGAACAACGUCUAUAUGCUCAACUUGGCCAUAGCUGACUUCCUGUAUGUGCUGUCUCUUCCUUUGCUCAUCUACAACUACGCAAGCCAUGACUACUGGCCCUUUGGGGAGUUUGCCUGUAAAAUGGUCCGGUUUCAGUUUUACAGUAAUCUACACGGCAGCAUCCUCUUCCUCACCUGCAUCAGUGUGCAUCGCUACAUUGGAAUCUGCCACCCCUUCGCUGUGUGGCACAAACAAGGUGGCCGCAAGAUGGCGUGGCUCAUCUGUGCAGCCGUAUGGGUGGUGGUCGCCCUCCUUUGUGCGCCGACUUUUAACUUUGCCGCAACUGGAAUCCAGCGCAACCGCACAGUAUGCUAUGAUCUGAGCACUCCAAAGCGCUCGUUGGAUUACUAUCCUUACGGCAUGGUUCUCACGUUCAUCGGCUUCUUGCUGCCCUUCCUGGGUGUGAUGGUCUGCUACUGUCGGAUGGCCCACGUCCUGUGCCGUCCUGCUUCCUACCAAGGGGUCUCUGUGGCCACAGGGGAGAAACGGGACAGGGCUGUUAGGAUGAUCCUGGUGGUGGCAGCUGUGUUCUGCAUCAGCUUCCUUCCCUUCCAUCUUACUAAAACCAUGUACCUGGUGGUGCGAACAUUACCUGACGCCCCUUGUAAGAUGAGGAACCUCUUUGCAAUCGUCUAUAAGAGCACAAGGCCAUUUGCCAGCAUGAACAGUUUCCUGGACCCCAUCUUGUUUUAUUUCACCCAACCACGUUACCGCAGGAGCACCAGGAAGUUUAUGCUCAGAGUGACCACCCUGAGGGAGAAGGGAACCGCCUCGUGAGCAGGUCCCACAUGGUUUACGUCUCCCAUGAGGUGUCGUCCUUACAACCAUUAUGUGAGGAAGUCAUUAGAGAUGCAACCUAAAGACCAGAUGGCAGUGAAAUGAAAGGUUGACAUAAACGAGUCAAAGCUGACCAAUUACCAACAGAUUCAGGGUGUGCUCCUGAUUUAUAGAUGAAGAGACUGAUCAUCGGGAAGGAUCGCAUCAUUAAUGGUCGGUUUUCUACAUGUGAAAUGUUCUCCUCAUGUACCACUAUGUGAAUUUAAAGGAGAAUUCAAUAAGUUAACCCCAAGGACCUGCCAGGGAUUUUUCCAUCAAGCAAAUGGCACUAUGGAGAGGAAAUGGUAGAGGUUGUGUAAUUUGUGAUCAAAACUGACUCAAAAUAUGAUCCAGUGGUUAUUUUGUUAUUGCACUUGCAGAAGAUAUAGAGGCUGAAUCUUUUUUGUUUCUCUCCAAGUUUUGACUCUCAGUGUUUUUGUUUUGUUGUUACCACUAGAGGGCGUGUGUUCUCCACUGCACUUAAACACAGGCUCUGUAAUGAGUGUAAUCAAUCUGAUUUAUUCAGCAUGAAUCACAUUAUGAGCCGUGCAGGUCAUUAUGAACCGAUUAUGACAAAGUCCAGCUCACAGCGCACUUUGGACGUGGUUUAAAGAGAAAUGCAUUUUAAUGUCAAGGGUGACAUUAGUCUAGUGAAAAAGAGGGAACAAAAGGACCAUUUAUGGACUGAAAGACAAGGUGUAGAGUAAGUCAAGACCUUGUUCUCCACUCGCUGCGAAAGGGAGAACAUUUUCUAUAAAAGCUGGGUUAGAUUCUGAAAACUUGUGGAAGCUUGUUAGAGAUUGAAGACUAAAGAUGCAAGGAUUCAGUCAUUUAUAUUUAUAACCCAGUAAAGAUGUGCAAGAAGCUUUAAAAAAAGUAUUAGAAAUCCGCUGCAGCUAUAAACACCUAGCCUUGAUAUCUUGUUUAUUAUUUUAAGACCGUGCAGUUUAAAUAUUCACACACACACAAAAGUAUGUAUACAUAUAAAUACAUAUACAAGUCCCUUUUUCUAACAGACACUUACAUAAUGCUUUUUUUUUUUUUUUGCAUCCAUUUUAUCCCAAAUAAUUAAUCUAUCUAAGAAAUGAAACGCACACACGUUUUAGCAAACACUCACACCGUAUCAACCCAUCCUUUAAAAUUUCCAUUAUUUUAAUUAAAGAAAAAACAUCAACCACAACAGAAAAGACAGAAAAAGAGCCUCGUGUAGUUUCAAAGCUGUAUUUACUUAUAAUGUCUAAAAAGCCUUGUGAAUCUGGUUAUUGCAUUAGAUGUUUUCAUUUCAUCGCUACAGUUAUUCUAUAAUUGAACUACCUUUGAUGACUGGUUGCCAUUUUCUGAUUUUCUAAGCUUAAUAAUAUCUAGUCUAUGGCUGAUGGGUCAGUACGAAAAGAACUAGUGUACAAUUUUUUAUUUAUGCUCAAAUAAAUUAAGAAGGCAUGAAUUUUAAAUAAUGCAUUGCUAGACAAAGGAAGGUAAUAUUAAAUAAUUGCUUCCGUUUGUUAUUUUUACAGGAAUUAUUAGAUAAUUAAGACUAAUGUCUAAUUUACUUGUUGUAUGUAAAGUUUUGUUAAAACUGUUUCUAUUUUACUUUUUUUUUGUUUUAAGAAAAUCCUGCUGCAAUGAAACAUGAAUUUAUCUGAAGGAUUUUUACAUUUCGUUGCCAGAGGUGUCUACAUGCAUCACUCUGAGCUCUCUGCCACAGGUUUUCUAGAGAUAUAAUGCAUUGCUUAGCAUAGCAUCCUUUUAAUCACAUUUUUACUAUAAGUUUAAAACCUUUCUCUUUGAUUUAAAAUGUGAACCUUAUUUGUUUUUUUAUCGCCCUAAAAAAAAGUACAAACAAGUGUGUUUUUUAUGUUUUUAUUUAGGAAAUGCCUAUUUAUAAAUGCAGAAGCUGUGAAUCUGUGUCACGCUGGACAGUAUAACAGAAAUCCCAAAGAUGCUCUUGCUGCACAAGCUUCCCCAACAGUUUCCUGGUAAUUAAGUCGAUCUUUUAAGACCCACAUAAGUGAGGGUAUUUCAUCUCCCACUAAAUGAUUUAUAUGCAUCAAGCUUGGAUAAUGAUAAAGUUUCUAUUACUCUUAUAUCUGACAAAUAUUUCUUCAGCUCAAUGUGAAAUGUCUAUGCAUUUUAAAUGCAAGGUAUAUAUUUAAACACAAAUAUGAAGUAAUGUGUUUGAAGCUUUUUUUAAUGUAAUAGUCUAAGUUAUAAAGUGCACCCUUCAAUGCUCUUAAUGUGAGGCUUUAUAAUGUGUGUGAUGUGUAAACGUGUCCUACAUCUGUCCUAGUGUUUUUAGGAGUUUUGUUAUGUUUUAUAUGUUCAAAUAUGUGUAAAAUAAAAGUGUUCGGUGCCUCACAUGUUUUAUUGGUUAUUUUUAUUGUUUUGGACUCCGUUUGUACGCUGUAUGUUUUUAUAAUUUAAAGC